AUGAAUACAAGGAAGAGGUUUUUGAGGAGUGCCAGGAAGGCCGCUGCGGUUACUGUCAACUAUGCGGAACCUGACGAUAAUGAUCUGAGUGCUAAUACUUUUGCGAGUGAUGAUGAGAAUGCUGACGUCAGUGUAGACGCUGAGGAUACGCCGCCUGUGUGGCUGCGAGAUGAUGUACGUCCGAAUGAGGACGUUCAGCUCGACUCAGACGACGAAAACGGUGGUGAUAAAGACGAUGAUAGGGAUCUUGACGAUCUUUUACUGAAGGAAAAGGAAAAACACAGGCUGGAAGCACAGACUAAAGAGGAAGAUAGUGAUGACGAAGUAAAUGAGUUGGAUAAAGCCAGUGUCACGUCCAAAUUAAAGAAACUAGAUGAGUUCGUAAAGCAAAGUCAGGUUUACUCAAGUAUCAUCGCUGAUACACUGUUGAAGAGGACUUUAGAGAGAACAGAGGAAUCUGAUGCGUCAAAUAAUGACCCUGUGAAAGAACCUCCUGCGAAAAAGGCUAAAAAAUCAAAAUCUAUACUAGAUUUUUUUACUAGAAGACAAAAUACAGAUGACAAUAGGGUUGAGGAAAUGGCUGUUGAUGUUAAGAAGGAAACGGAGGAAGAGCGUAUAGCCAAAGAGCAACCAUCUUACUUGAAGAAUUGUGUCCUAAAGCCUUACCAAAUGGAAGGGCUGAAUUGGUUAAUUACACUUUAUGAAAAUGGGCUAAACGGUAUCCUAGCCGAUGAGAUGGGUUUGGGUAAGACUAUUCAGAGUAUCGCUUUAUUGUCUUUCAUUUAUGAAAUGGACACAAAAGGCCCCUUCUUAAUUGCUGCACCAUUAAGCACCGUCGAUAAUUGGAUGAACGAAUUCGCAAAAUUCGCUCCAGAAAUUCCGAUUCUUAAAUAUUAUAGUCAAAAUGGACAAGAUGCAAGACAGAAAUUGUUGAAAAAAUUCUUCAAAAAUAAUAAUAGGGAAGGUGUUAUUGUUACCUCAUAUGAGAUGAUAAUUAGGGAUGCAAAUAUAAUAAUGGGUGAACAAUGGAAGUUUCUAAUUGUAGAUGAAGGUCAUCGUUUGAAGAAUAUUAACUGUCGUUUGAUACAGGAAUUGAAGCGAAUCAAUACUUCUAACAGACUUUUACUAACAGGUACGCCCUUACAGAAUAACUUGUCAGAGUUGUGGUCUCUAUUGAACUUUAUUCUGCCUGACAUUUUUGCUGAUUUUGAAAUAUUCAAUAAAUGGUUUGAUUUCAAAGAUCUUGAUUUGCAAAGUAAUUCUGCUAAAUUAAAUAAGUUGAUUAACGAUGAACUAGAAAAAAAUUUGAUAUCCAACCUGCAUACAAUCUUAAAACCAUUUUUGUUAAGAAGAUUGAAAAGUGUGGUCUUAAAGGACGUUCUUCCGCCAAAGAGAGAGUACAUAGUCAACUGCCCUUUAUCACCAAUCCAAACAAAGUUUUACAGAAUGGCUUUAUCUGGAAAGCUUAAGGUGACUGUUUUCAAAGAACUCGUCAAAGCAUUUUUCACUCUGAAUCAAGAGUACAUAGGGACUGUUUCAAAUAAAUCCAUUCGAGACUUCAUUGAUUAUAAAUUAAGUGAAGAGCCAGAUGAAGACAAAGUAACCGCCGUUAUCAAGCAAAUGGAUGACAUAUAUAUGGAACACCUAAACACGUUUACCAAGAAUCAGAGACUACAAAAUAUGAUGAUGCAGCUACGUCAAGUUGUAGACUCUACUCUACUAUUUUUCUUCCCAUACAUGGAACCUGAGGACAUCACAUUGGAUUAUCUGCUUGCAUCAUCUGGAAAACUACAAAUGUUGCAGAAAUUGGCAAUACCUCUAAUAAAAAAAGGUCACAAAAUAUUGAUAUUCUCUCAGUUUGUUGGUAUGUUAGAUUUAUUGGAGGAUUGGUCUGAACUAAACUCCUUCAAUUCAUUGAGAAUUGAUGGUGGUGUUGAUAACGAAUCAAGGAAAGAAUAUAUCGAUGAAUUUAACAAAAAAGGUGACGACCAUCAAAUUUUCUUGCUUUCGACAAGAGCAGCUGGUCUUGGUAUUAACCUUGUAGCUGCAGAUACUGUGAUUAUUUUUGAUAGUGAUUGGAACCCUCAGGUUGAUCUCCAAGCAAUGGAUAGAUGUCACAGAAUUGGCCAGACAAAACCAGUAAUAGUAUACAGAUUUUGCUGUGACAAUACUAUUGAGCACGUCAUACUAACCAGAGCUGUUAAUAAGAGAAAGUUAGAACGAAUGGUUAUUCAAAUGGGUAAGUUCAGUAAUUUGAAGAAGUUAGCCUUGAAUGAGAGAUCUUUCCUCCAACAAAGCACUGGUAUGAAUCCAAACAAGACCAGCAAUAAAGAACUUGUACAGGAACUAUCACAGCUUCUAAUGAGUAAAGAAUCAAGUAUUGGAUUCGAGACGUCUAAAAAACCCAAACAAGAUGAUAUACUCACUGAAGCUGAAUUAAAGGAGUUAUCAGAUAGAUCGCUCAAAUUUUACUCACCAGAUAGAGAAGUCGAGUUCCCUCAUGUAAGGCUAUUUGAGACAACAUCUGGAUUUUAA